AUGGGAGCUUUCGAUUUCAUGUACGAGAAGUUUGCUCCCCUCACGUUUGCUGUUGCAUUGGGUUGGGGAGCAAAUGCACAGAACGAGUCAUGUCGCUCCUUCCCUGGCGACGAUCUUUGGCCAUCAGUCGCCGAUUGGGCCCAAUUGAACGACACGGUGGGCGGGCGGCUCAUCGCCACGGUUCCUCUCGGCGCGCCGUGCCACGAUCCGACGUACGAUGCCACCGUCUGCAGCACUCUGCAAGCAAGCUGGACCUCGCCAGAGCUCCACGAUGAAUCAUCCAGCUCGGUCAUGGCCCCUUUCUUCGCGAACCAAAGCUGCGACCCUUUCACUGCUACCGACACGCCGUGCACGCUCGGCAAUUAUGUCCAAUACGCCAUCAACGUUUCGAGUGCCGAUGAUGCAAUUGCGGGAAUCCGGUUCGCAACAGACAAGAAUGUUCGCCUGGUCAUCAGAAACACCGGCCACGACUACCUCGGCAAAUCUACCGGAGCCGGGUCCCUGGGUUUGUGGAUGCAUCAUCUGAAAGACAUCGAAAUCAUUGAUUACUCCGAUGCUCACUACACCGGCAAAGCAAUCAAGAUCGGCGCCGGUGUUCAAGCCGGACAGGCUGCAGAUGCAGCAGACGCCCAGGGCCUGGUCACCAUUGGAGGAAAUUCCCCUACUGUCGGAAUUGCAGGUGGAUACUCUCAAGGCGGAGGGCACACACCUCUUGCCUCAAAGUACGGCAUGGCGGCUGACCAAGUGUUGGAAUGGGAAGUAGUCGAUGGGUUGGGCAAUGUCCACAUCGCAAACCGCCAGAACAACACAGAUCUCUACUGGGCAAUGUCCGGUGGCGGCGGUAGCACUUACGGCGUGGCUCUGGCAAUGACGGCUAAGCUCUACGAAGACAUACCGGUAUCCGGAGCCAACAUCAGCUUCGCCUCCGCUAAUAUUACGGCAGACAGCUUUUGGAAUGCAAUUGAGAAAUGGUCGGAGGUGAUCUCCCCGCUUCUCGACAAGGGCAUUGUUGCGAAUUCGUACGCAAUGAACACAAGUUUCGCAAUCGCACCCAUCACCGCUCCAGGGAUCACUGCAGAUGAGCUAUCCUCUCUGCUCCAGCCGUACCUCAGCCACCUCGAUAGCCUUGGCAUCCAGUACCAGCAUUCCGUCGUCCAGUUUCCAGGAUAUCUUGCUCAACACGAUGCCAUGACGCCAGUACAGGGAGUCGGCACUACUCAGGGUGGCAGCUGGAUUAUUCCAAGAGCCGUCGUGCGGGAACGUAACGAUGAGUUGACGGCGGCAUUCCGGAGCGUGGCGAACGACGGGGGGAUAGUUGUCAAUCUUCAUUUGAGGCCCUCGAAAGAGGUUGCUGGCGACGUCGAUAACGCGGUGCUUCCAGCAUGGAGAGACGCGGAUAUGGCGUCUGUCAUUGCGACACUGUGGAAUUUCACUGCCCCGUGGUCGGAAAUGGUGGCCGAUCAGGAAAAGAUAACGAACAAAUACGUUCCGAUGUUCAGCUCAUUGGCACCGGAGUCAGGUACUUAUAUGAACGAGGCGGACUACAAUCAACCUGAUUGGCAAACUGCGUUUUACGGAGCGAACUACGACAGACUGAGAAGUGUCAAAGCCAAAUAUGACCCGCAUGACAUCUUUUACGCAACUACGGCCGUGGGAAGUGAUGAAUGGGUUGUUCAUGAAGGUGGACGGCUCUGCAAGAAGUAG